CUUCAACGAGAAUUUAGUAAAAGAAAAUUGGUCGGAAAUUUCAGAAUAUGUGGAGGGGACCCUAAUUUCAGCAUCCUGGAAGUAGAAAGCACCGAAGAUCUGUGUCUUACACGACAGACAGGUGCAGUGUGUAGCCGGGGCAGCACAGAGGAAGGACGCUCUGGGGAGGAGGCGGCGCGGCAGCACGCCUCUCCGGCUGUGGAUGUGCUGGGUGGCAACCCCCAGGCUGCACAGAAUGUGGCUGGGGAGUCCCCUCGGCAUGCCCCGCAGCCGGUCGCAGCUGCCCCGCACCCAGUCCCUCCGCUCACUGAUCCGUCCACUGUGCCCCUGCUGGAGAGCAACACCCCAACAUUCGCCAGCACGGAGAACGCCCCUCCGACCACCUUGCCUGAGACUCUACCAAUCAGUGGUAACAUCAUCUCAGAAGAGAGCGCCGUCGGAGUUGCAAGAUCUUUGCCAGCGUCCCUCACUGAGGACUGCAGUUCCUCUGCUGAGAUGCAAAGGCUUCCAGCUUCCCUUUGUCCUCCUGUCCCCUCACAGAUUGACAAAACAGUGCAAGAGCUGCAAUACGGGUCACAAACUGAUAAAGAGAAAAGCCACUCAAACAGUCAGACAAACCAGCUUCCUAGAGAAGGUGCUGGACUUGUGGUUAUUACGGGAACAAAGGAAAAACGGUCCAUCACCUUGGAAUAUAAACCAGAGACUGGAACAAAUAUGGAACUUGGUGGAAAAGAGCACACAGGUGGGAAUAUUCUCCCACAACAACCCAAAUCUCAGAUCUGUUUCACAGCCUCAUCUCUCUCUGUCCAAGACGCUAUGGAGGGUGGGGCUGUGGAGCAGUCCGACAGGACUCCACCUGUCCAAACAAAUCAAAGCAGCCAUAUACCUCCGUCAGGUGCUGCAGAGCAAGCAGGGAGUCUCCAGGACUCGGCAUCGCCUGCACUCCUUCUGUCCUCAGCCGAAAACAGAGAGAUUAAACAAACUAACCUGUCAAAAACUCAACCCAAAACUAUCAAGGGGAUCUCCGCUAAUGCUAGAGAUGUGCAGAAAACGGCUUUUUCGGAGUCAGUUGAACACAUUGAAACGCAGCCUCAUUCAGCUGAAAUACUCGAAGCCGCAAAGGCAAGAGAGCUGCUCCCUGGAAUAUACACUUCGACUGGAAAAGGAAGCUCGGCGUCCAGCUGCGGUCCCCUUGAAGGAGCGCAGGUGGAGAGUAGCACGAGCAAAGAGCAAGCUGACUCGUCAGGCCCCACAGUGCUGCAAGAGAUUUCCUCAAAACCUUCCACCGGACCUGCUCUGUUUGACACAGGCCUAGUUGUCUCGCUUCAGGCAGGAGAGGUUAUAAAAGCUGAAACAUCUCACACUUCUGACCAAGUCGCCUCAACAGAGCUCAUCGCGGAGAUUGUGCAUUCUGCCGACACUCAGGAAAUUGUGGUUGUCGGGGAGGAGGCUCAUAUCACCGGGGCCUGGCCCACCAUGCACCUGAAUCAGAGUUACCUUCUGCAGCGAGAGGAUGGCAGCGUCUGCGAAGCCGCCAUCGUGAACGAGCUGACUUCGGAGAUCUCCGCUGGGGAGCCGAAGCUGUACACAGGAAGCGUUCAGACGCAGAUGGAGCUGGGCUCUCAACCGGUGGAAGUGUACGAGUUUUGCAGUCUGGUGGAGGAGGUUGCAGAGGAGACGGUCUGUGCCAGCAGUGCUGCACAGAUGCCUCAUUCUCCUGGAUAUGAGGUGAACUUAUUCAACGCUUUACUAGAAAACUCUGAGGACCUCGAAGCAUCUAUCCACACAGUUGGUGAAAACAACACCAUCAUAAUCUCCCAGCAGCCCUUGCGUUCAACAAGUGAUAUAAAUCAGGCUUGCUCUAGCAGUAAUUUAUCCAUACGAAACACAAGCAUGGCCGGAGUUGAACAGCAUUUGGUGUUAGAUGCUAACCAAGCUGUUGAAGUGGCACACUCAAGUGCGGUUUGUUUAGUUGAAGUAGCAGCCGUUACUGCUGACUCAUUCACUGUUGAACAGGCAGACACCAGCGCACAAAUCGGGACACAGGUCGGUGCUGACCAGACGGAGGUGAGCGGUGCUGCUGUGCUUCAGACUGUUGGCCCAAAACAGGAAGCAGAAGUAACAGUUGCUUCGUUAUCUCUCUUAUCCCCAGUGGUUACUAUUACCAGUGGAAACUUGGGGAUGCAGGCGCCUGUUGCUGUUACACUUUCUCAUAUAGGAAACCAACCCUCCCUAAAUCAGACCCCAGGAGUCACUGUUGUAAGUGUCGCAAAGCCUGAGGUCUGUGUUUCUGCUUGUGACGGGACCAAAGAAUCCCCCGCUGUCACCACAACGGCAUCAGUGACUGUUCAGAAUGUCGCCAUGCCCUCAGUAAGCAAGCCAGUGGCUUUCCGUGCCGCUCCUGGGGCUAUAAAUCCAAAGCUGCUCCUUCUCAAACCGGGAGAAACUCCUCUCCUGAAACACCCACCCUCCUUUUCAUUGUCUAAGCAACAGAAUGCAGACGGCAAGCUGGCCAAUGCCCACGGCUCCUGCUCCUGGUCUGGCACGGUGUCUGAGGAGUGCCUUCCCCAAACAGUCUCCGCUCUUAGCAGCUGCAGCGAUCAGACGCAGCAGGCUGUCAAUGAAUUGUCAGUGGUGGCAGCAGCAGGAGCUUCUGUCAAGCUAGAAAGUGGUAAUAUUUCUCUUGAACCCGACCCGGCUACACCUGCCACCCCCUCAACGACUACUACAAGCAAACCUGAGGCCUUAACCGUUAGCAGAACUUUAUCCCAAGAUGUUUCCACAACAGCCGCUACGCUGCACAGUUCGAACAUGCUCACAGCUUCAGUCUCAGCAUCCACCAGCCCCGGCGACUUCCCCAGCCAACCCGAUUCCAUCUACGGGGAGGAAGACGGCGAGGACAUUGAACAUGACGACCCUGCGGGAGAAACUGAGGUCCAGGAGAGCAACUCGGGACAGGUUAGCAGCCCAGAGGAAGGCAGUGACGACGAACCCGACGGCGAAAAAAGCGAGAUGACCACCCCCAGCUCGCCACACAAGCAUGGACAGAGCAGGACAGACAGACAAGCACUGUUUCUUAAGGUACGCCAGUGGAUUGCAGACAGGGUCACUGGGAAUUCUUCUCCUGGAUCACCCUCAACCUUCUCCUACCCCGGAUCCUCAACCACACCUGACUGGUCCACACCACGGCGGGAGAGGUCCUCGCCUCUCCGGGGUCCCCACGGAAAGUUUGUUUCACCUUCCUCUCUCGGUGCCUACAGUUCGUCGUCCUCGCCGCCAGACCAGGGCUCCUCUCAGCGGUCCCGCAGUGAGCGUCACACCGACAUGGCAGAGCUGGCUAAACAUGAAGCUGACAUCGAGCAUCGAACACAGGCACUGAAGCGAGAGGGCUUCUGGUCAAUGAAGCGACUCACCCGCCUGACGGAGCCACCGCGGCCAAAAGUUCACUGGGAUUACCUGUGUGAGGAGAUGCAGUGGCUCUCGGCUGACUUUGCUCAAGAGAGGCGGUGGAAGAGAGGCGUGGCCAGAAAGGUGGUGCGGAUGGUGAUGCGGCACCAUGAGGAGCUGAGGCAAAAGGAAGAAAAAGCAAAGCGGGACGAGCAUGCUAAAAUCAGACGAGUCGCCUCUUCUAUCGCAAAGGAAGUCCGGGCUUUUUGGAGCAGCGUAGAGAAGGUGGUACAGUACAAGCAGCAGUCCAGGCUAGAGGAGAAGCGGAAGAAGGCGUUGGACCUUCAGCUGGACUUCAUUGUUGGCCAGACGGAGAAAUACUCGGACCUCCUGAGCAAGUCCCUGGCACCCAUCAGGCCUGCUGAGACCGUCGUGUCUCCACAGAAAUCCCUGCCUAAUCCUGUCGAGGAGGAUGACAGAGACUUUGAACCUCCCUGUGAAGAGGAGGAUGAUGAAGAGACCAUAGAGGUGGAGGAGCAGCAGGAGGGCAAUGAUGCUGAGAGCCACCGAAGGGAGAUUGAACUGCUGAAGGAAGAGGGCAUGCUGCCACUGGACCAGCUGCUCAGCAGCCUCAAUCUGCCUCAGGACCAGGGCUCGGACGAAGAAUGCUCUGAUGAAACGUCUUCAUCAGAGGCGGGGGAGGAAGAAGACGGGGAAUUCACUGCCAACGAAGAAGAUGCUGAGGAUGAGGAGGACACGAUAGCAGCUCAGGAGAAGGUGGAAGGAAAUGUAGAUCAUGCAGAGGAACUCGAUGAUUUAGCCAAAGAGGGCGAUAUGAGCAUGGAGGAGUUGCUGGAGAAGUACAAAGGAGCGUAUGCCUCAGACUUUGAGGUCCCGUCUGCUUCUGGCUCUAAAGCAAGCUCUGAUUCGGAGGUGUCUGGGGAUGAGGAGGUGGAGACUGAAGAAGAUGAGAGUGAUGUGGAAAGUAACACUUCUUCCUCAGAUUCACCAGGCGACAGUGCUGAAGAUGAGGAGAGCGAGAAGGAUGAGGAAGAGAGUGAGGAGGAAGACGAAGAGGAGUGUGGAGAUGAAGGGAUGGAGGUUUUGCUGAAGGAGGGAGACAGCAGCCCGUCUUCCUCUGGCUCGCGGCCAAAGAAGGAGAUCAGUCACAUUGCUGCUACUGCGGAGAGCCUGCAGCCCAAAGGCUACACUUUAGCGACCACAAAGGUCAAGACCCCCAUUCCAUUUCUGCUUCAUGGCACAUUACGAGAGUACCAGCACAUCGGACUCGACUGGUUGGUCACCAUGUAUGAGAAAAAGCUAAACGGCAUUUUGGCUGAUGAGAUGGGCCUCGGCAAGACGAUCCAGACUAUUGCUCUGCUGGCUCACCUCGCCUGUGAGAAAGGUAACUGGGGCCCUCACCUCAUCAUCGUCCCCACCAGCGUAAUGUUAAACUGGGAGAUGGAGCUGAAGCGCUGGUGUCCAGGGUUUAAAAUCCUUACGUAUUUUGGCAGUCAAAAGGAGAGAAAGUUAAAGAGACAGGGCUGGACAAAGCCAAAUGCUUUCCACGUUUGCAUCACUUCUUACAAGCUGGUGCUGCAGGAUCACCAGGCCUUCAGGCGAAAGUCUUGGCGCUAUCUGAUCCUCGAUGAGGCCCAGAACAUCAAGAACUUCAAGUCCCAGCGCUGGCAGAGUCUGCUGAACUUCAACAGGACGGGAAUGAUCGAGGGCAGUCAGGAGUACAACGAAGGCCUGGUUAAGAGGCUUCACAAGGUGCUGAGGCCGUUCCUGCUCAGGAGGAUCAAGGCUGACGUGGAGAAGCAGAUGCCCAAGAAAUACGAGCAUGUGGUGCGCUGCCGCCUGUCCAAGAGACAGCGAUUCCUCUACGAUGACUUCAUGGCGCAGGCGUCGACCAGGGAAACGCUGGCCAGUGGUCACUUCAUGUCUGUGAUUAACAUCCUCAUGCAGCUUCGCAAAGUGUGCAAUCAUCCCAACCUUUUUGACCCUCGACCCAUCCAGUCUCCCUUCAUCAUGCAACCCAUUAUUUUCCACACAGCCUCUCUGGUGCAUGACGCCCUGGAGGUAUCUCCUUUGAAGCGCUGCGACGUUUCCAUGUUUGACCUUGUUGGUUUGGAGAGCCGCGUAUCCCGUUACCAGGCAGAUGUCUUCCUGCCACGCUACAGGGUCAGUCGCCAACUAAUCCAGGAGAUCAUGGAGUCCCCCGAACCUCCUCCAAGGCCCAAACCAGUCCGCAUGAAAGUCAACAGAAUGUUUCAGCCGCCUCCUAAAGGUGAUAAUCGCCCAGUUCUCCUGAUGAACAAACCUACCUGCUCCGUCCCCCCUGCAGCACAGACCCCCAAACCACCUCCAGUCACUGAAGUCACCUCAGCUCCUGCACCCGCUCCUGUAGUUCAGCAGGUGGUCUGUUCAGUCGCAUCCACUCCUCCUCGCCCAUCUCUUCAUCCUACCGCUCAAACUGCAGUGAGGUCCAAUGCUCCAAAACCGAUGCUGACUGUACGGCCUCCCACUGCUCCCUGCACAGCCACUAUCCCAGCUCAGCCGAGUCCAAACCCCAGCAAUGUCAUGCCCCAGAGGGUCCUGCUUAGUCCAGAUAUGCAAGCUAGGUUGCCUUGCUGUUUUCUCUUCUGUCUUUCUGCAGCUCCAGCUCAGGUGAGCGCCUCUUCUUCUGCUCCAAAGACCUCAGCAACACCGCGGGAAAGUAGCAGCAGCAGUCAGACAGCAGUCAGCACAAAGUCAAAGUCCAAUCUGGGUGCAAAAGCCUUCCCUCCACCCAGGAAGGUGCCUCGUCCCGCUCCCCGUUCGCCUUUCUACAUGUCAUGGCUUGCAGACUCCGAGAAACAGCAGCACGACAGCCGGCUGGACUUCAUCUUUCGAGUCAACGAACUCCACUGUGGAGCAAAGCCCAUGUACGGUCAGGAGGUUCUGGACUUCCUGACUUUCCUGCCCGGCCGUCGUCCAUCACCUGCUGCCCUGAACCCUCAGGGAGAGUGGGGCCGCUCUGGCCAGAGCAGCUGUCUGUAUGCACAGCAGCAAAACGAGCACGACUACUGGUUUCACAGUCACGCUGUAAGAGAGGCCAUCCACAGCAUCGAAGGACGGCUGGAGCUGCUGAGUGACAUCAUAGACCGGUACACAUUUGCAAUUCCUCCAGUGGAGGCUCCACCCAUCUCCAUGCACUGCUGCCAUCCUCCGCCAUCUCUGAACCACAAGCAGGCAGUCUUCUCCUCCAUGUUAUCAGCUGAAGUCACGCCGCUCACUCGCAGCCUCCACCACGUCCAGUCCUAUAUGAGGACGCAGUUCCCUGACCUGAGGCUCAUACAGUACGACUGUGGUAAGCUUCAGACUCUCCACACGUUGCUGCGAAAGCUGAAGGCGGGAGGCCACAGGGUGCUGAUUUUCACUCAGAUGACUCGAAUGCUGGAUGUGCUGGAGCAGUUCCUCAACUACCACGGACACAUCUACCUCCGUCUGGACGGCAGCACCCGGGUGGAGCAGAGACAGGCGCUCAUGGAGCGCUUCAAUGCAGAUCGACGCAUCUUCUGCUUCAUUUUGUCAACCCGCAGCGGCGGCGUCGGGGUCAAUCUGACCGGGGCCGACACUGUGGUGUUCUACGACAGUGACUGGAACCCCACCAUGGAUGCUCAGGCUCAGGACCGAUGCCACCGAAUCGGUCAGACCCGCGACGUCCACAUCUAUAGGUUGAUCAGUGAGCGCACGGUGGAGGAGAACAUUUUGAAGAAGGCAAACCAGAAGAGGAUGCUGGGAGAUAUGGCUAUCGAAGGAGGAAACUUCACCACGGCCUUCUUUAAACAGCAAACCAUCAGAGAGCUGUUUGAUGUGAAUGAGGGGGAGAAGAGGGAGGCGGCGGUGGAGCUGUCGGUGCCCCAGGCUGAGGAGGAGGAAGCCGUCAACAAGCAGAGCACCACCAUCCUGGAGCAGGCGCUGUGUCGUGCCGAGGAUGAGGAGGACAUAGUGGCGGCCUCUCAGGCCAAAGCAGAGCAGGUGGCCGAACUGGCGGAGUUCAACGAAAACAUACCGCUGGAUGACGGCGGGGAGCAGGAGGAAGUGGAGGAGCUCUCUAAAGCCGAGCAGGAAAUAGCCGCACUGGUGGAGCAGCUCACUCCCAUUGAACGCUACGCCAUGAACUUCCUGGAAGCUUCGUUAGAAGAUGUGUGCAAAGAGGAGUUGAAGCAGGCUGAGGAACAGGUGGAGGCUGCCAGGAAGGGUCUGGACCAGGCAAAGGAGGAGGGUCUGAAGCUCCACACAUCAUCUGAUGAUGACGAGGACGACUUUUUGUCAACACCAACUUCUGCCGAACCCGCCCAUCCAGCUCCAGCCCGCCGUGGUCGUAAACCCAAGGACAAGACUGCCACCUCUACAAGGACUAGCGGCCGACUCCGUGGGGCCUCGCCUGAAACUGAGCCUGAGCCCACGACUCCCAGAGAAGUGCCUGAAAGAUCCCGCUCAGGUCUGAGAGGACGAGGAGCUGCCAAAGACACAGGUUCUGUGUCUACGAUCCCAUCCCGCACAGACCACCACAAAACGUCAUCAUCCACCCGGGUUCAAGAUUCCUCCAAAUCUUCGAAAGCGUCAGCUACCCCAAGUCCGCCUGUGCACCCUCAGCCUGUCAGAGGCUAUCCUCCAUAUUCCCCUCCUCAUCUGUCUCCUGACAUGCCAGUGCUGAGGAAUCUUCCCGUGCGGCGCAGAUUGGAAACCGAAUCUCGUAUGGCUGCCCAGAUGGGAGAGCAGCAUCUAGGGAGAGGACGGGGAGCGAACCAGUCCAAGAAAACGGACAUCCCACCAGGCAGAGACGCUGCUUCCGCCUCUGCUGCGGAGUCCAGCGUGAACUCUCUCAUGCCACCUUUGAAAAGAAAGAGGGGCCGGCCCCCUAAGACUCCCACAAGACUACCUGAACUUGACAACGCAUCGACCACAUCCCCACAUCCCAUCUCGGCAAUUGAGGAAGGAAUCCCGCCACUGUCCCCUAAACGUAAGAGGGGUCGUCCCCGCAAGGACUCAGCGACCACGCUAGAAACCGUUAAUGAGAGUCAGAACUCUAAUCUAUCAAAAACUGAUUCCAGGACAGAACUGACGAUCUCAGAGACCCCGCCUCCUGCUGCUAUUUUUGAAAUGACUCGGUCUUCACAGUCGACCAAAGCUGAUCAGACAGACACUAAAACUGAGGCUUUGGCCCCGCCUCCAAAUCCAGCCUCCUCAACAAAGUCAGAUGAAGUUUCCACACCCGUCUCACUUCCCACUUCACCUGCACCCCAGGUGACCUCACUGAUCUCUGACCCUGCCUCUUCCCAAGUGGUUGCUUCAGCCCCAGCUCCAAGUCCAGCCCCAGCACCAGUCCUCUCUUCUUCCACGUAUACCUCCACCCCCGUCAGCAACACAGCUCCGUCACCACCUGUCAGCGAUGUCCCACCUCCUCCUCCAGGUGUUAAACCAACACUUGUGGUUUCCACAGUUUCAGAUGCUGCUGUUCAACCAGCUGUGGAGGCAACCACCACCACAACCACACCAAUUACACACUCCACUCCACCCACUACGUCAUCUUCCAAAGCUGUUAAAGACCCCACCCCAACGCUCACAACAGCUGCUACCACAGUGUCUGUAACAGUUAGUAUUACACCACAAGUCACCACUGCAAUGACAUCACCUCCAACUGCUUCUCUUGUGAAGGACUUGCCACAAGCCUCUCUAGCCUCCACACCCUCCAGUCAUCCUGUAUCGAGUCUGGAUACAGCUUCACCCAAGCAGACCCCUCCAACUACAGCUUCCCCCAAGCAGACCUCCCCAGCUCCAUCUUUACCCAAGCAGACCUCCCCAGCUCCAUCUUUACCCAAGCAGAGCCUUCAAGCUACAGCUUCGCCUAAACAGGCCCCUGUAGCUACACCUUCCCCCAAGCAGACCUCCCCAGCUCCACCUUCCCCCAAGCAGACCUCCCCAGCUCCACCUUCCCCCAAGCAGACCUCCCCAGCUCCACCUUCGCCCAAGCAGACCUCCCCAGCUCCACCUUCGCCCAAGCAGACCUCCCCAGCUCCACCAUCGCCCAAGCAGACCUCCCCAGCUCCACCUUUGCCCAAGCAAACCUCCCCAGCUCCACCUUCGCCCAAGCAAAACUCCCCAGCUCCACCUUCGCCCAAGCAGACCUCCCCAGCUCCACCUUCGCCCAAGCAGACCCCUCCAGCUACAUCUACAACUGUGACAGCUCCAGUAAAAACAGCACAAACCAGUAUGUUAGACUCAAUCCGGACCGUGUCUGACAAGACUUCUACAUCACCACCAGUCAAAACAGUGGCACCAUCUUCUGGUAAUACAGCUCCACCUUCCCCUCCAGCCAAAGCAAAGACAAUUGAGACUGCUAACAAAAGCCCGACCGAACAAGCAUCACCAACUGCAGAGGUUCAGGAACAUGUAGAGCCCGAAAAGCCUUCAGCAUCAAGUCCAGUCUGCACGCCUCCUCCAACUACACCAUCCACAAGUGCUGCUACACCUGCAGAGGCAAAGAAGGCUUCAGCAGCUUCAUCACCCCCAGCAGAAGGAGUAACAACACCUUCAACUGCAGCGCCCUCCAAAGUCCUCACUUCUUCUUCUUCUCCUCCCAAAACUGCAGAAAAGACUGACAAGACACCUCCGGUAACAGCUACAACAUCAGCAUCACCGUCUGUCACCAUAGCUACAUCAUCACCAGAAAAGUCUGCUUCCCUAGGGUCAACAACCACAACCAUCACCCCUGCUUCAAUAGCUACAGUCACAGCAUCCACAACCAAAACAGCUCCACCCGUCUCCACUACACAAACCUCUGCAGUCACUUCCUCUCAGCUACAAACUUCUUCAUCCACAAGUGUUCCUGCACCAUCUCAGACCGAGGAAGCCACACCUGCUCCCAUAUCCGCUCCCUCAUCCACUCCCCUCGUUGCACCAUCUUUAGAGCCAUCAACAGAGAAAGAGUCAGCUUCUAAAAGCGACCAAGAAGAGGUGACAGAAAUGGAGGCUGAAGCUGCGAUGAGUAAGGAAGACGACGACAAAAAGUCAGACUUUAGCCAGUCUCAGCCUAAAAGAAGAAAGGUGGAGAGUUCCUCUGAGACCAAAGAGUCAGGAAGGCCCCAAGGAGUGGGACGAGAAACAAAAACCACAACCCCCAUUCCGAAAGAUGAAGCUAACCCUCUGGAAGAAGAGAAAACUACUGAGGAUCAGAAACCUGCUAUCCACAAAAGGUCACUUAGUCGCCAGAGUAGCCAGGAGUCUGCUCGCUCUUCUUCGCCAUCGUCUGGGUGCUCUACCUCCACCCUCACCCGCCAUGCUCACCACAAGAGGACCUACGAGAACAGACAUCCUACCAAGAAGAGGCGAGUGGAUCCUACAUCAGAGGCAGGGAAGGAGGACAAGGAGGAACAAGGCGAGGAGGAGAAAAUAGAAGGGGGCAGUGAGACAGACCUUCCCACCACUGCCUCUCGAAGGAGGCGCUCCAGGUCUCCUUCCUCUUCCUCCUCCGACUCUGACAGCAGCAACAGCAGGAAGGAGCACCGGCUCACUCGCUCAGCAAAACGCAGGCUCCAAGAUCAGGAGAAGGAAAAGUGCACCAAGGACAGAAAGGGAGCCAAACCAGCAAGCAGCUCGGACAGAAACUCGUCAAACAACACCAAUGCGUCCACGGGAGGAGAGUCGGGCAGCGAUACGUCCUCUGUUAGGAUCACCAGGAAGUCUGUGGGAUCACAGCCGCCACAGGACACUAAAACGCUGACCAACAGCACCCCCUCGCUACCUCCUGAGCCAGAGGUUCUAGGGAAAAGGUGCUCAGCACUCAAUGCAGCAGCCAAGCUUUUAGCUAUGAAAGGCAGGGUGGACACCCCAGGCCACACCCCUCGGAAAGACUCCACCCCGAAAGCUCCUGCGACUUCCACCACUGCCCCUUCGGACAAAAACCAAAAGCCUAAAAGUAAAAGUGUGCCAGCCUCUCCUCAGAGCAACUCUGUGACCAACAACAAAAGCAGCAAACCUUCAACACCCAAUCAGGCGAGCCGAUCUACAUCACGCUCCACCAGACAGUGCCCUGGCUCUCUGGUUCCACCCUUAGAGGUGGAGUACAAGAGGCCUAAACCAGAGGAGAAAGAGAGAGGGAGCAGGAAGUCCUCGAGGGGCAAGGAAGGCGAGGGAGAGACGCGAUCGUCGUCAAGGGGCCACAGCGCCUGCAGCAGCAUGAGCAGCGAUGGCGAGGGCGACUGCGGCGGACGCAGCAGCAGAAGCCGCAGCAGCAGCAACAGCAGCCAGCGCACCCUCAGCUCCCAGAACACGGAGCACCGAGGUUCCCGCUCCCGUGCCACUUCCUCCGGCAGCGAGCGGGAGAGGGACCGCAGCUCUGAGCGGGCAAAGAGCCGUGACAAAAAGGAGAAACAACAGCGAGAGAGUCGCAAGGAGAGGAGGUCCCAGAAGCUCUCGCAGGAUGUGACCAGCAGCUCGGGAACCGAGGGGUCAACGCCGGACAGGGUGCUACGGAGCGUUGCUGCACUCGCUGCAGUGCAGGCCCGGUCACCGGCCGCAAGCACCCGCUCCUCCUCAAGCCAACAGCGUCACAAUAAGACAUGAUCGGAGUGCCAAAGGGGAGAAUUAAAAAAAACAAAAAAAAAACAGAAGCGAGGGUGUGGCAGAGCGUGAUACGAGAGCAUGGCGUGAUCUCCAAGGUUGCUGCUUUGUCUGCACUCUGAGGAAAAACAAGAGCAAACUGAGUGCUGCACAAGCCAGGGACCUCACCGCCUCUCGGGCCCUCUCCCUUUCUAGUCGGGGCGCGCCAGCUCUGCUUUUGAGCGCCGGGGGAAGGCUCAGGGACGCUGGACUGACGGUAAACAGGCGGCGCCGCUGUCGAGCGUCCAGAUAUGUGGACAUGCCGUGGAUAAAACUCACCACUUGGACUCGGAGGGGGUGGGGCGUGGGUGGGACAAAAGGUGCAAGUUGUUAGUUCACAUAAUGUACUGUAAUCAUUAAAAGACUGGAACACUCAGAUGCUCUGUUAAGACAGGGUUAAACGGCGCCCUCUGCUGGGGUUACCCAUGAAAAGUAAUUUGUGUGACAUUUAAAAGUCUCGAGUGAGCGGUUGUAUUGUAAGUUGAAGGUUUUAGAAAGUUUGGUUUUGAGAUUUUCUGUCCUGACUAUUGUUUCUCUGUAGUCAGUUGAUAAGUUAUGCAUAUUUUAUUAUUUCUUCCAGGUUAUUAGGAAGAGAACAGAUCUGUCAAUGUGAUCUUUGCUGCACUAUGCUGGAGCUCGUCUUUUUGUUUGGCCCCUCCUCUCCCCCUCUUUGUUUAUUUUUUAUUUUUUUUAUUUUCUCCAUGUCACUUUCUGUUCAUCGGAUUCGAAAAUCCAGCCUUGCAUUUCUCUUUUGCACAUCUUUAAUAACGUGGCCCUCGGCUUUUUUUCAGUACUCCGUGGUGUUGUGAUGCGUUUGUUCAUCAACUGAAGUCGAUGAAUUGGUUCCUGGUACCUAACGAUGUUUGUCUCCAGUUUGGAAAAUCUUUAGUCACACCACAAAAUCCAGCUUUCAUCCCCCCCAAAACGUCCUAAAGGCAGUUUAAAAAAUUACUUGUCACAAAAAGCCAAGUAAAUGUUGAGAACUGAAUUUAAGAGUGCCUCUGUGGCCAAAUGGUUUUGAACCUCAGAUUGCCUUGUGAAGCACCUGAAGCAGGGGUGUUAAAUUUCUCUUAUUCAGUUAUUAAAAAACUAAUUAAUCCAAAAAAUGAUGUGGGGAAAAAUCCAACCCUUACAUGAAACAAGAAAGGAAAAACACCCUGAGCAUCAGUGCUACUGAAUUAAUGUUUCAUUUUUCACCCGAACUUUGUUUUUCUCUCACAUCAUCGAUUUUGGUUCAUGUUUAAAAAAAAAAAAAGAAGAAAAAAGUAUACUUGGACAAAAUAAAAAAAAUAUGUGAAUAAAAUUACUGGUACAGUUUGAGAUGACUGUAAAUUGUCGAUUUACUUUUGAGCAAAGAUGAUAUCUGGUGGGGGGGGGGUAGUUUAUGGUGAUGGUCUUACUUUGAUUUCUGUCUCUUUUUGUUGCAUUCCUUUGAUCCUUGUAAUUCCACAUUGUUUUACUUGAAAAUUAUGGCAAUUACAGUUGAAUAAAAAGACCAAAAAUUA